AUGAAUCCUGGCCUCUUCCUCCUGGUCUGCCUGACAGAGGCCGCCUUGGCUGCUCCCUUAGCCAAGGAGCUGUACCCGAUGCCACCCAGCGUCUUGCGAGAGAAAGUGAGCCAUAUACCUGUAGAAAACCAGGUGGAAUACAAAGCGCUCUCCAACAGGGGCACCCUGGUGCUGGAGGCCGCCAUGAAGAACGCCCUGCUGGCCACAGAGGCGGCCGUCUCGGAGCACAGGCGGAGGCUGCAGCAGUGCGAGGCGUGCACGCUCUGCCUUUUUGGAGACUGUGGAAACUGGACCCAGGAAUGCUCCCCCUCGGACGCGCCCCCAGAUGCCCUGCCCAGCUGCGAAGCUGUGUUGCGAGCCCAGACAAUCCCAGAACAGCCAGCUAGGAACUGGGCCCUUAGCAAAGUCUGCGCUGCUUACCGGCACCUCUGCAUGGGCCAGGCACGGGAUCCUGACGGUUGCAUCCACCUUAUGGCCAGUCACUGCCAGCUGCGGCUGCAGGAAUGCCGCCUGGAGAGCGACAUGGACUAUUUGAAUACGGUUGCCGACCAGUCCCUUCCAGGGCUGUGUGGGCAGCAGAGGGUUCCGGCCCCCAACGCAACGAUGGCCAAAGGGAAGAUUGUGGGGGGCAGCCCCUCCUGGCCUGGAGCCUGGCCAUGGCUGGUGUCCGUCCGGCUCAACGGGGAGUUGAUGUGCGGAGGGGUGCUGGUGGAGGACGCCUGGGUCCUCACGGCUGCCCACUGCUUCGCUGGAAGUAAAAAUGAGUUGGCCUGGUCUGUGGUGGUGGGCGACUAUGACGUGACAAAGCCGGACGAAGGCGAGCGGACGGUGCCGGUCAGCCGAAUCCUUUCCCAUCCCAAGUUCAACCCCAAGACUUUCCACAACGAUGUGGCUUUACUGGAGCUGAGCAGCCCCGCCACGCCGUCCGCCUGGGUAACUCCCGUGUGCUUGCCGGAGCGACCCACGGAGAUGGGCCCAGGGAUGCUGUGUUAUAUCAUCGGCUGGGGUUCGCUCUAUGAAGAUGGGCCUGCAGCGGAUGUUGUCAUGGAAGCCCGGGUGCCCAUCCUGGCCCAAGACAUCUGCCAAGGUACCCUGGGAUCUCAGCUCUUCACCAAUGCCAUGUUCUGUGCUGGCUACCUUUCUGGGGGCAUCGACUCAUGCCAGGGUGAUUCUGGGGGACCGUUGACAUGCUGGGACCCUUUGUCUGAGCGUUAUGUGCUGCAUGGAAUCACUUCAUGGGGCGACGGCUGUGGAGAGCGUGGAAAGCCUGGUGUAUACACCCGUGUGGCGACUUUCACAGACUGGAUACAGAAGCAGAUGGAGAAAUCGCCGUCCAGCCGGGAGCCCACCUGCUUCGAGUUGCUAGCCUUGGCCCAAAUACCGGCAGAAAAGCGUCCCGCGGAAUUUGCCCACCUCUGUGCCUUCUACGCCCAGCCCUGUUCGCCGUCGGCUAGCCCGGCCGCUUGUGCCCGUGCCGCCGAGGAAAAGUGCACGACCAGGAAGCAGCAGUGCGAACUGCGCUCAUACGCCCAGACCUUAGUGGAGUUCCUGCGCCAGGCAGAGGAGUUUUUCCGCACCCAGAUUGACUUCUCGUUCUUCACGCGUUCGCUUCCCCAGUUCAUGGAACAAGUUUACAGGCAUCUUUUCCCUGCCCGAGCACACCAGGAUUCCCCAGGCUCAUUGGCAAAAGGGACCCAUCCCCAGCGAGAGAAGCGCAGCUUCACGGAAGACAAUGACAACACAUUCGCCCAAGAAAAUUUAUCCCACACAUCUCUCCCAACAACGUCUCUCCCCACGGCUCCUGAUACAGGCUCCAGUUGUGGUCGUUUGAACGAAUCUGCCCAGCGGGUCAGUUCGGUGGGGCAGCUGUACCAGUGGAUUCUUCAAAUCCCUCAGGAGGAGCUCACCAUGACCUUUCAGGAGAUCAUGGUGGACUUGACCUCCAAGAACACCAAGGGCCUGUACCGGGCACGGAUCCAGGCCACUGUGGGACGCAAAGCUACAGCCUUCACCGGACUCAUCGGUCUAGAGACGGACUCCAUGUAUCGCAGCAUGCCCAGGCUCAUUGCUCUUGCGCUGGACAGCCUCAAGACUUAA